AUGAGCGCCAUCCUGCCAUCAAAGGCGCAUGGCAGUCACGCAUAUCACCCCCUGCUUCAACAUGGCCCCAACUCAGAGGCGGGUGCGAGUGCGACCAGCCACACCUUUAGCUUCCAAGAAGUCGACGCGCUGGAGCAGUCCCAAGUGCUGGAGAGUCUCAAGAGUGGCGCCAGCAAAACCUCUGACAAGGACAGCGACACCAUGAUGAUCUUGUCCUCCUCCUCCUUCGAUUCUGCCAGCCAACCUACCUUUGUUCCCUCAACACCGGGGGCAUCUUCCACCAUGCUAAUUUCCGUCUCUGGUGUCUCACCUAAGGGCAAGGGGAAGGGGAAGGGGAAGCGCAAAGAUGACCACAACAACAACAACAACUCGCAAAUGCUCAUUCACCCCAAAUUCCUCCAAGCUGGCAUCAAAUCUGCCCGCAUUAGCAUGCCUGAGGCCGUCCAGCAAGUGGGCUCUGAGAUACAGGGACUCUCCAAGGGUCUCACCAUGUGCUUUGAUCGUGCCACAACCACCUUGGAAGAGCGCACAGCAUCACGCACUCCGUGGAUCUGA